UCCCCCCUCACCGGCGCCCUUUUUUUCAAAAAACACUAACAGACGCACGCUUCUAAAGCUUGUCCUUUGCAUGCCAUGGCCGGCCCCUCUCUCCCGAGUCUCCUCCUAUAUAUACACAGUAACCUCUCGCUCUACGGCCACACCGCCGGUUCAGCAACAUACCCACUGGUGGCCACUUCUGUUCCCAGCUACUUUCCCUCCAUUGCUGCAAGCUAGAGCUAGCUGAGCAGCAUUGUGAGCUGUGAGAAUGAUCAAGCUGAGGUACUCCAAGAAGCUGUUCAGGAGGAGCUCCUCCAAGGGUAGCACCGGCAGCGGCAGCGACGGUGAUGCCGGCGUCGGCGGCCGCGGGGAGAUAGAGUGGGAGGUGAGGCCGGGCGGGAUGCUGGUGCAGAAGAGGGAGGGAAGGGGGGACGUGGAGGUGAUCACCGUCAGGGUGGCCACCGGGUUUUCCUGGCACGACGUCUCCAUUGGGGCUACCUGCACUUUCGGGGAGCUGAAGGUGGUGUUGUCCAUGGUGACAGGGCUAGAGCCCCAGGAGCAGAGGCUGCUGUUCAGGGGCAAGGAGAGGGAGGACAGCGACCACCUCCACAUGGUCGGGGUGAGGGACAAGGACAAGGUGCUGCUCCUAGAGGACCCUGCCCUCAAGGACAUGAAGCUCCGGGCCGCGCUCGCGUCCCAGGCCACCGUGCAGCCGGCCACGUAUCAGCCUUUUAUCAAGGUGUAGGCCGGCCUAGCUCGCCUUGUAUCAGUUAACUUUUUAGAGUAAAAAAUCAGUAUCACUCCUUCAGCUGGUUAGGCUCCUUGGUUAAAAAAAAGCCAGCUGAUCAGCUACCUGAUCAUGUACGGUGGUGUGUAAUCUGCUCCUCCUGAUUGGCGAUCUGCUGCUGUUAAUCAGUGCUGACUGCUGAGUUAGAGUACCGCUCCAUGGUAGGGCAAAGGGCCCCUUGCCUUCAUGUAAGAGUUAGAGCACCACUACUUGUUAGUUUUGUGGUUGUGUCAUGUGUAGGUAGAUGCACUUGCAAGCGCUGAGUGUGGCUGUCAUGCGUGCUAAGUUUGGAUGGAGAAAGGAAUGCAAACUUGGAUGGCGCCUGUGGGCUGUGGCGUGGAAUGGAUGGUGAUAUCAAUGUGCUAUCAUGUUAUCAUCAUGAGACUAGCUACGCUUUUGUGGUCCUUGCUCACUGUUCAGGAAGAUAUUGUUGGGUUGGCAAGAUCUUGAUCUGGAAUUGAGGUGUGUGUGUUUGUCUGCACUAGAAGAACUAGCUAGAAUGAUUACAAGUGUGCACGAAGAGGGAAACUUUCGCUCUGGAAUUGAGGCUGAUAUAGUGAUGGUAAAUAGGCGGCGCACUCAGACGAUUUCAGUGUUCCUCACUCGAGAAAUAACACUGCAGUGGAAGAUGAGCGUGAAUAACACUGCAGUGCAAGAAUGUUACUCCCUCUGUGAUGUUGAAGUGGUGCUGGUGCACUCAAACGUACGAUUUCUGUGCUCGAAUGAGCAGCAGUCCGUGAUGCUCGAGUAAGUGGCGCACUCGAAAGAUUUUAGCAAUCCAUUACGCAAGAGGAAUCAAUAGCAUUCGUAGUGGAAGACGAGGGUGAACUUGUUUACGACUAGCUUCUG